UUUGCCAUAAAAUUAGCCAAGCAGUGCGGACAAAUAAUUCUUGAUGCAUCAAAUGCAAGAUAUUCUACAAACAGUAAAGUUCUCUCGAAAAAUGACAAUAAGACAGACUUAGUAACCGAAACUGAUCAAAUGAUAGAAGAUUUGAUUAAAUCAAAGUUGAAAGAAUGUUUUCCAGAGCAUAAGUUAGUUUUUAUUAUAAAAGAUGAGAAAACAACAGCUGCUGGAUAUAAAUAUGAAUUCACAGAUGAUCCAACAUGGAUUGUUGAUCCAAUAGUGAUUACAGAGUAUGGCAAUGAUCGAUCCGACAAUACCAUUAGUAAAAAAAUAAACUCUGUUCAUAAUUUGCUGCGUAAGCCUGGUGCUGUUUCUUGGUCAUCUAAAAAAGCUGGUUUAGUUAGGGGUAUUAGGAGUGUUGGUAGUGCUGCUUUGAAUAUUUGUCAAGUUGCUCAGGGGCAUGCUGACAUUUUUUUUGAAUUUGGAUGUUGGGAAUGGGACGUGGCAGCAGCUCUCGUAAUUCUUAAUGAAUCGGGUGGUAUGAUGGUAAAUGCUCAAGGGUACGAUGAAGGACCGGUUGACAUUUUUGGUCGCAAAUAUUUAGCAAUUAGAGGUGGAUCACCUUGCGAUGGCGAUGAGGAUUCUAAACAAAGUCAAUUAAGGUUAAUUAGGGAAAUGUGGGAUGUUAUCGAGGAUGUUGAUU